CAAAAACUUUAUUUACACACACACAGGUUUUGGUUCCGGACAGAUAAUUUAUACUGCUCCCGUGUCAUGAAACAGGCUUAGAAUGCGUUAUAAUGAAAAGGAGCUGUUGUCCCUUUCAAGGCAGAGAGCUGAGAAAGCAGCAGAGUUGAGUAUGAGAGGCCCCAAAAAAGGAAGUGUACUGAAGAAACGUCUGGUGAAAUUGGUUGUAAAUUUUCUCUUUUACUUCCGCACUGAUGAGGAGGAGCCUAUUGGAGCCCUUCUUCUUGAACACUGUAAAGUGACAAAGGAAGAGGAGAAAGGAUUUUCUAUACAUUUUGUAGACGAGCCAGAUCGGAAGUACGUGUUUCAGUGCACCAGUCGGGAGCAGUGUGAUGAGUGGGUGGAAGCUCUGACUAAUGCCAGCUAUGAGUUCAUGAGGAAAAACCUUAUCUUCUAUCGAAAUGAGAUCCUUAAGAUGACAGGAAAGGACCCAUUGGCGCAAUAUGGAAUCUCUGAAGGUUUUCGUUUCCAGCUUGAACCCCCAGCCUUUUAAAUUGGGAGCUUAUUAUGAAGUUCUCUAACGCCGGACCCAAAUUGAUGCGUAGCAUUCUCUAGGCGUGAUCCAAUGAUACUGUUUAAUUUGACAUGAUGGGUCACUAUCCAGGUCUGGCCAGCUGUCUACUGAUGUUUCUGCUCACCAUUUCAUUCUCACUCCACACAGAGUACUGUCCCGGGAUGUACCAUUUCCUAUGGAAAUUGGACCAAAUACAACAUUCUUGUGCCCUAAAAUAAGUUACUUCAAACCAUUGUACAUGAUAGGAGCGUUAUUAUUUGUGCUGUAAAAAAAUGCAUUAAUUACUUUUCUAUCAUGAGUCAUUCCUAUAAAGAAUGGCAAUUACUGCAUAAAUGUUCCACCAGCCCAUUUAAAAUAAUGUGAAAUGUGCAUUUUGCUGUUAUUCAGAUAACAGAUAAGCACCCAGGUCUUAUCAUUAUGUUUGCUGUACUCUUAGGCAUUAACAUAUUUGCAUUUCUAUAAUAAAAUGAAGGAUAAGUGGAACAGAUAAUGCAAUUUCUACUACUUACACAACCUUGCUUGAAUGUCUUUAAUUUUUAUUCUUAAAAAUGUUUUUAAGUCUUAACUAUUUUUAUUUAAAUAUUAAAAUUGGAUAACUAACAACCAGGGUAGAUACUGCACUGGUAUUAUUAUUUUAAAUGCUGCUAGGAUAUGUAAAGGAGGUGUGGAGAGCAUUGCAAAUGUUUUAAAAAAAAAGCUAAUGUCUUUGUAGUAAUGGCUUCCUUGUUUAAAGGAUACAGUUAUGUUCCCAAAACAAGCUUUUGUGUACAAAACCAAAUUAUGUAAACAUUCUUUUCGUGAACUUUAUAAAAUAAAGUCCAUAUUAAAAAGCA